AUGAUAAUUUCAUCCUCACAAAAUGCUAAUAUUGCUGCUGGAGCUCAAAUUGCUGAAACAAAUUUUACAAAAUCAUAUUUGCAUACUGAACGUAAAAUUUAUCAACAACAAUGGAAAGAAGAUGAAUUAAAAGUUAAAUCAAACUAUAAUCGAUUGAAAGCAAAUAGUACUAUUAGUCCAAUUAUUACUUAUAGCCAAUCAGCGCCAAAAACACAAUUAGAUCAAUGGGAAUGGGGAAGAAAACAACAACAACAACAACAACAACAACAACAACAACAACAACAACAACAACAACAAGCAAAUAUCAUCAUCAUCAUCAUCAUCAUCAUCAUCAUCAUCAUCAUCAUCAUCAUCAUCAUCAUCAUCAUCAUCAUCAUCAUCAUCAUCAUCAUCAUCAUCAUCAUCAUCAUAUCAACAUUACUGUUAUCAUCAUCAUCUAUUUUUUCCACUUUACCAUUUUCAUUAUUUUCAUUUCGAUUCCUACUAUCUUUAUGA